AUGGUUUCGCCGGCCCCUGACGCAGCAGCUCCAGGCAAACUUGACACGGGUGUCGAUGGUACAGACGAGCCGCCGACGGUUCAUAGCCUCAUGCAAGAGGUGGCGCGACUGCAGCAGGUCGUGCGCGCUCUGAGCAACGACGACGCGGCGGUGUUGGCCGAGUGCACCUCGCAGCAAUACAACCUGAAGACGCGUCCAGCGAAUGGAGAAGCCAACGGCUUCUCUGGCGUCGCGAUGGGUUCCGGACCACAAGUGGCCACUUCUAUGGACAGGACGUCGUCGGUUUGCACGAACGCUGGCGCUAUGGUGCACGGCGAGGAGCUCAACAGAUCGGUGACGGGACUGAGGACACCGCCUCUCAAGCGGCGCGAGCGGCCAGCGGUCUCUCCCACGACACGGAUAGCAUCGCUGACAAAAGAGAACAUCUCGUUGCUGCCGACGCCCCGCACUCAGCACUUUGCCGGCUCUGUCUGUGGCUCACAGCAGUCCUGCAUGAGCAUUCGCACGGAAGGCGGCACGGUGUUUUCGCGGCUGUACCAGCCAGACUUUUACAAGAAGCGCGAGGAGAAGUAUGAGAGUAUGCGCGAGCGCCGCGAUAGUGUACACUGCGCGUUCACGCCGCGCACGAAUCGACGCGCUUCGAUCUCUUCACGAGACUCGAUCGACACCGAGUCGCAGGCGUCCAUGCAGUCGGCCAAGACCGACGUGUUGAACGUGUCGAGUCGUCUGUACGACCCAAGCUACGUUCGCAAGCGCAACGCACGACUGCAGCGUUUGCGGCAAGAACGGGAGAUGCGGGACUGCACGUUCACGCCCGUGAUCAACGCCAAAAAAGGGGUUCGCUAUGCGGACCAGUCCAAGUGUUGA